AGGGUAAACACAGCUGUUUUCGUUUACAAGCUAAUUUAUAUAUUUUUUGAGUUCCUGAAAUGUCACUAUUUGCGUUUCUCAAGAGCCGCACCGCGUUCUGGCUGAGCUUCACCGGCACGACGACGGGACUGGCCUUCUUCGUCAAGGAUCUUAUGCAAGGCGGUCAGUUCACCAAAGAAACCAAUGAGACCGGCAAGGUGUUCAUUGUCACCGGUGCCAACACGGGGAUCGGCAAGGAGACGGUGAGAGAUAUUGCGAAGCGAGGGGGCACCGUCUACAUGGCAUGCAGAAACCUAAAGAAAUGUGAGGAGGCUCGCGAGGAAAUCGUGCUGGAAACGAAGAACAAAUAUGUGUACUGCCGGCAAUGUGACCUGGCUUCCCAAGAGUCCAUCCGCCACUUUGUUGCUGCCUUCAAGAGGGAACAGGAGCAUCUGCACGUACUGAUCAACAACGCCGGUGUUAUGCGCUGUCCCAGAUCUCUCACCUCAGAUGGCAUCGAGCUUCAGCUGGGGGUUAAUCACAUGGGUCACUUCCUGCUUACCAAUUUACUGUUGGGUCUACUCAAGAAAUCCUCACCCAGUCGGAUUGUAAAUGUAUCCAGUUUGGCACACACUCGAGGAGAAAUAAACACUGGCGAUCUGAACAGCGACAAAUCCUACGAUGAAGGCAAGGCCUACAGCCAGAGCAAGUUGGCCAAUGUACUCUUCACAAGGGAGUUGGCCAAAAGAUUAGAGGGCACCAACGUAACGGCAAAUGCCCUGCAUCCAGGUGUGGUGGACACAGAAAUCAUCAGGCACAUGGGUUUCUUCAAUAAUUUCUUUGCUGGACUCUUUGUUAAGCCUUUGUUUUGGCCCUUUGUUAAGACUCCGAGAAAUGGUGCUCAGACCUCGUUGUACGUUGCUCUGGAUCCCGAGCUAGAAAAGGUGACAGGACAAUACUUCAGCGACUGCAAGCUGAAGGAAAUGGCGCCGGCUGCCACCGACACCCAAACGGCUAAGUGGCUCUGGGCAGUCAGUGAAAAGUGGACUAAGCCAACGAUGAUUACAAUACAAUAGUUCGUAUUGUGAAAUAUGUUUCUGUUACUUCGCAUAAAUUUUCAGUUUCUUACAGUCUACAAA